AUGAGUUUUGAUUAAUUAUUGUUAUCCAGACCACUUUAUAGUCCAAAUCACAAACACCCUACGUUUACUGUCCAUUCACAUAAUCCAACGCCUUUCAGUAUUACUACCUAAGUCUCUCCAAUUGAGUCUCCAAGAAUAGGAGAUAUUUCAACUAUCCCUAAGACUUCCGAGAGAGGAUAGUUGUAUGAGAAAUUAAAGGCCAAUCUCAAAAAUGAUGAUCCAACAAAGUCAAAUUAAAACGGUAUUAAAGGUUAAAAGGUUAGGGAAGCCUAUAAUUUGCUAUCUGAUUUCAAUGAUAAAAAAUAGAUAAUUUAAUCUCUAAAGUCAUUAGCAUCUGCAGAAGAACGGUAACUUAAAAAGACUUUAAUUUAGAAUAUUGCUUAUUGAUAAAAUUUUA